CACUGUGCCCAUCACAGAAGAUAAAUGGAGGGAGCGAUGGAUUUCGGGGAGGCUUCCUCAAGACAGAGAAAAGUGAAGGCGGCUUCCCGCCGGCGCCGCCGUCACCGCAGUCAGUACACUGGUCAUCGGAGUGUGACUGGCUAUGGAGGCUUUUGCUGCAGAUGCAGGCUGAUCAGCAUCUCUUCUCCGGAGGAAACAGAGCCGGACAGUUCAGAAAAGCCCGAUUCCCUGUCGGCCGUCAUUCACACCAUGGUACUGGAAAGACUGGAGGAGCAGAUAAGGGAGAUGCAGAAGCCGGCGGAGAGGAAGGCAGAGGAGAAGAAGGAACCGACAAACCUCACAGCGUGCAGAAACAGAGGAGUGAAGAGAAUGGCGGCCUCGGCAGUAGAGAAGGUAUCCCUUGAUCCAAGGAAGGACCUACGGGAGUCCAUGUUAGAGAUGAUUAGGAGCAAUCAAAUGGAGCAGCCCAGAGAGCUCAGAAGAUUGCUAGAAUGUUUUCUGUCCUUGAAUUCAGAUGGCUGUGCGCUUCUCAUCCUUGAAGUCUUUCAUGAGGUGUGCAGUCUCAUGUUUGUGGGUUCUUCUUCAACAAUAGUCGGACGUGUAAACAAAUGUUGA